UUUGCCCAACCCCGGUUUAAGUAAGUACUACCAUCCAUUAAUAUCUCUGUCUCCCUCUCUGAAACUGAAUAAACAAAGUGGAAUCAAAAUGAGGAGUUGGGUAGUUUCAGCUUCCCCAUCCUCGCUAUUUUCUCCAUCUUCCACUCUGCAUCUCAAAAUCAAAACUCCUCGUACUUCCUCUUCACUAUCUCAUCAUCUUAAACUUUCAAAUCUCUUAGCUGAAUUUCGAAGAAAUGGAGCUGUAACACACUGCAGCAGCAGAAACCACUUAGCUGGAGUAGCUUCUCCUGCUUCUUCAGUAAGACAUGGAGGAGUAGGAAAUCUGACUUCAGCUCGUGGCACAAUAAGAGCUCAUGCAUCAAAUCUUAGUAUUGGAUCUCCUGAUUAUGAUGGAAGCAAAGAAAACGGCGACAAAAAGAUCACAGAGAGUGAUAAACCAAAAUCGGAAAAACCACCUGAUCUAGUUCCGUAUGUGGCCUCUAUUUCUGCUGUGCUAGUCGGAUGUGCUUUGUUAUUUCUAUUGAUAGCUUUUGUUAAUGGAGGCCCUUCAUCUCUCCUAGCAGCAAUUGCAAAAUCUGGUUUCACUGCUGCAUUCACAUUGAUAUUUGUUUCUGAAAUAGGGGACAAGACAUUUUUCAUUGCUGCGUUGUUGGCCAUGCAAUAUGAAAAAGGACUGGUCUUGUUAGGAUCAAUGGGCGCUCUUUCACUAAUGACAGUCCUGUCUGUGAUAAUUGGACGAGUAUUUCAGUCAGUACCGGCACAAUUUCAGACAACCUUGCCAGUUGGAGAAUAUGCUGCAGUAACCCUUCUUAUGUUUUUUGGUCUCAAAUCUUUGAAGGAUGCAUGGGACCUUCCGUCCAAGGUGGCAGAGAGUAGUGAAAAUAGCCCCGAACUCGGGGAAUAUAUGGAAGCUGAGGAGCUUGUAAAAGAAAAGGUGGCAAAGCGGCUGACUAAUCCUCUUGAAAUAAUCUGGAAGUCUUUUAGCCUCGUAUUCUUUGCUGAAUGGGGGGAUCGCUCAAUGCUAGCAACAAUAGCUUUAGGUGCUGCACAGUCACCGUGGGGUGUGGCUGGCGGAGCUAUUGCUGGACACUUGCUAGCAACAUUAGUUGCGAUUAUUGGUGGAGCAUUACUUGCGAACUAUAUAUCUGAGAAACUGGUUGGUUAUUUUGGGGGAUCGUUGUUUCUCGUUUUUGCCGGAGCCACACUUCUUGGAAUAUUUUGAUGAAGAAAUAUGCCGAUAGCAACAUGCCAUAAUGCUUCACCCUUAACAUCACCAUCGCGAAUCAAAAUUCUUUAACUGUUGUAGAUUUUCAUUGCUUUGUAAAAAUGGGAGUAGUAAAUAGAAAGUUUGGUAAUGUAUUGUGUUAUUUUGCUAGUCUAAACCACUGGAUUUUAGAAAUGUAAUGCAUAAGCCUUCACUGUGUAACCUUAACUUUCACUGAAAAUUUGUAAUAAAAGAAACGAAAGUUUAAAGU